CCAUAUUUGGGCAGCGCACGUCGGAUCAAGAAUUAAAAAAAAAGAUACCAAAGCCUACUCCACCUAUAAAUCCUGGAUUAUUUUUUUAGGGCAGACAGCUCUGAAUUUUCCAAAAGCGGCUACAAAGAAAAGCAAUGAUCAACAAAAACAAGGAAAUAAGCGCAACAUACAUGCCGCAGCCCUCUCUAGUUUAAAAGUAUCGGUGGUAGUUGGAGAAAAAAAUGAGCUCUUAUGUUGACAGCUGCAAUCUCAGGCAAACAAGCGAGACAACUUCUCCUAACACUAUGUUUAGUUUCGAUCUUUCUGGGCGCACGUCCAGCCGUUAUGAGGGUGUUAAUGUGAACGGGAUAUUCACUUGUCCCGUCCCCACGACCUCUGUUGAACGGGAGGAGAUGAAAACUAGCCUGCGUGGCAAUACGGAUACUCCUCUCCCGUCAGGACCACAGAUAACCAUGGUCUCCAGUAGCUCGUCCGUGGGCGCAAGCGGGCUCAACUACGGCGGCAGCACGCUGCUGGGACGAGGGGCAGACAGAGACCCGGAGAGGAGCGCAAAAUCCGGCGGCAGCAAGAGCCAGGAGAGCGAGAGAAACGCGGAGAGCACGCAAACCGUGAAACGACACACAAAUGUGAACCAGCGUCAGGACAGUGAGCAGCAGCCACAGAUUUACCCAUGGAUGACAAAACUGCACAUGAGCCACGAAUCGGAGGGUAAGCGAUCCAGGACCAGUUACACCCGCUACCAGACUCUGGAGCUGGAGAAAGAGUUUCACUUCAACCGGUACCUGAGCCGCCGCAGGCGUGUAGAGAUCGCCCACACCCUGUGUCUAAACGAGAGGCAGAUCAAAAUCUGGUUCCAGAACAGACGAAUGAAGUGGAAGAAGGACUCAAAGAUCAAAGUGAAGGAAUAAAAAAAAAAGUGCACCGGAGAAGCGGGGUGCAUGCAGCACGUUUUUCAAGCCCCUCACUGCACAGUGCUGGAGUGCCGCCUGACCUCCGGAUGAACUGCUCGGAGCAAUGACAUCAUGACACCGCUCUGUGUGCUUCAUCACCAAUUAUGUGUCACUUGCUGCAGUUUGGGACCUAAUGUAUUGAAUAUCACUCACUUUGAUCAAUCGGUUUACAUUUCUAAAUUAAUUUGCUGCCCAUGCGAUGAUAACCUCACUUUGCUGCACGAAGGGGACAAGAGGUUGAGGGGAGCUGGGUCCUUCACGCUGCAAGGCUGCAGUGCACUGAGAGGCUGCACAAUGCUACUAAUAAUAAUCUAUGUUUUUAAUUAGGAUAAGAGUAGUGGAGGCUGGCUGCUAGCCCGCAUCAUUUCAAACUCUAUGUCAACAUCAUGAAAGAAUAUUUCUGAGCUGUCCUGUAAUCAACAGUGACAUAGUUUUCCAACAGUAAAAAAAAUACUACUUUUCCACCUCUUUUUCUUUUUAAUUUCUCUAAUAUGUUGCAGUGGUUGAAUGUGUGAUGUGUCCAGUGAGCUAAUAUCUCUGUGAGUGGGUUUCUGUGAAUGCAUCAGCCCCUGUUGUCUGUCAUAUCCUUGUGAAUCUGAAUCAUGAUGUGUAAUUCAGCGACUGUAUGUGAUAAUAUUGUGAUGUGCAAUGAAGCCAUUUUCUCUCUCCUUCUGUAAACUUAAAGUGCUUGGUUUACACGAGGCACACAAUAACUGAUAGAUGGCCUAAUUGUCGAUUGUAACCAAUAAAGUCUCAUUAUUAAAAAUAAGGAUUUUUCCUAUGGUCAGUUUGCACAUUUCUGUCUUUAUUUGUUUGGAUGUUGUGGCGCAAUCACACAGCUGGCGCGUAUAUAAUGACUUUUGUGCUGUUGCUACUCUGAAUUUCACAACUACAGAAAUUGUACUUUUGCUUUAAAAAAAACACCCAGCUAUUUCCUUUUCUUUUGUUUUAUCCAACUGACCACGUUUUUUUAGCCUGGCCCGGAAUCCCCAGAAUUUCAUUGACUGACAAACGCGCUCUGAAGUUUAAGGCCCUCAUAAAACUUUAUUGCCCCUUUUCCAGCACUCCACCACAGGCAGACUCCCGUUUCCUGUUUUGUCAGGGAAGGAAGGGACACGCUAGCCUGUGAUAACACUCGCCCACAACACAACAUGAAUGCAAAACUUUGGUUUCCUGUGGCCGCAGGACUGACGCGCCAUCACUGUUGAGGGCCAUAUGGCAACUUUAUGAUAUCGCCCUGCCCUUUAAUCCUGGCAUCAUUACACUGUAGUUAAAACAACACUAUCUGCCAGUACAGAGGACAUAAAAUCAUGCCACUUGCUGGGUGUCUUGUGUCCAGCACCAGCAGCACCAGCAGCAGCAGCUUUGCUAGAAGUAGUAGUAUGACGCAGCAUAGCCCAAGGUUAUGAGGUAAUUUCUCUACAGCACUACUUAAAGAAAAUAAAAAUCAACUCACCUCUUAAACUAAUAGCUUCCUAUUCAACUUCCUUGACGGUUAUAUGAGAACCGGUCAGCACAGCGUCCACUUUCUCUGCGCUCUGUUAGGCCUAACCUAUACGUGGACAAUGUAUUGAAUCCCUUUUUGAAUGUCUUUCUUUUAGGGUAUUUUAAAGUUUACAAGGUUACAUAUGCCAAUUGCCCCAAGCAGGGCCUGUGAAUGGUGCAUAGGAAGCACGUGGUGUCAUUUAAGUGGGUUUUAUGGCCUGGAAGAGCUGACAAACCUUCGAUAUAUACACAUCAUAUAUAAUCUUAACUGUCCGGAAUCGCAGCUGCUGGCUUCCCCUUAUCUGAGGAAGAAAGGGCUUUGUGGCAGUGAGGAUGCAGUGCCUUUCUCCGGACUGUGUAGUCGGGUGGUGCGGAGGACUGAGAGCUGCUGCAGUAAGUUGCUUUUAACUUUGCCUUUGCAGGCCUGCGAUUAUUUCACCGUGCAAAAAAUAUUGCUUGUUUUAUAUUAGCCUGACUUGGAAUGCAUGUUUGUUUGACUCAAUAACUCAAAAAUUAUCCUUAUUAAUUGGCAGUGAAUGUGCUUUAUUUUCAAUCACAGAAAUAUGUUUUUUAAUAAUCGGGGAAAAUGUUGUUUUUGAGAUGUUUUAGAGGGAAUUUGGUGCUGCAUAUUUAGCCCGAAAGAAACCGGAUUACACGCAAAAGACGCUCAUGAUUAUUGGGUUAUUAUGAGGGUUAUUAUUAUUUUUUUCGCAGCAUCAUAUUUAUAUUAGCACCAGAUUUUAAUCUCGGGAAAUUAAAAGCAAAAACCGGAUGUUUUAAUGCCUGUCAACACAUCUGAGACACAGAGGCAGUCCGUUUCAUUCAACAGUUUGUUUUGCAUGUUAAUCCUGUCAGUAUGGGAAUAGACAAAUAUUUAAGAGGUGACUGUGAGGAAAAUGAAAAAUCAAAACUAGCAAAAAUCAUCUGGCGUC